AUGGAAAAUCAAGCGCGCGGGAGGAAGGACAUAGCCACAAACGAAUAUGACGUUUACGAGUUGAGGAGACUUCGCGAGAAGGCAAAAAUAGCGAGUAUUUUUCACGGGAACAGAAAGAAAUUCCAAAGGAACCCACAUCUUUCUCACGUUGUUCACGCCUGCCUGAAUAUCUCUCAAGUCUUGAUUUGCCUGAGCAUUGAAGUGUUUCAUCACACCCAUCAUUAUGCGAACAAACAGCGGCGGAAAAAGAAUGUAUCGGUUCCCCAUCUGCCCGAAGAGAGAAAUCCACUUUUUUACAUGUACCCAAUUUGCACGGCGCUGAGCACCGUAUUUGCAAUUCUUUGGCUUUUCACGACGAUUUUUUUCCGGAGGCCUCUUAUUGCUCUCAUCGGAUCUUUCGUCGGAGCUUUGUUUAUGAUCCUACUCGGAAUAAUGGAAAUGAAACAUGCCGACAUAUAUCUCGAUUUGACGAAAAUCACCGACGACGAACUGUUACAACAUCCAAUUUUUAUCCACAAUUUCGUCAUGUGUCUACUAUCGAUCGCCUGCAUGAUUAUGUAUCUCAUACAAGGUUGGGUCCUUUUCGAUUACUAUCAAUCGAUUAAAGAACAAACUAGUGGAGACGUAUCUAGCGAUUCAUCAGCCAGCAGUGAAUCUAGCACAAACACUGACAGAAGUUCAUCGUUACAGAUGGAAGAACAGAAUGCGCAAAUUAGCGAUUCUAGUGCGAACACAGACGUGAGCGAAGUAUCCGAAGACCGACCAAAGAUUGGCAAACGUAAACGCCAAUUAAAAGAGGAGGUCGGUGAAUUGGAACUAAUUCCCGCUUUGGACCGUUUUCCUUCCUUGUCAUCGAUAUCACAGUCAGUUACUGUUAGCAUCGAGGACGAACCCGUUAUUUUGUACUGCUGCUUAAUUGACUGUUAUAAUUACAUAAAGCAUCAACACAACAUGAAGCAAACAGUCCACGAAUUUCAAGUUAUUCAUGUAAUGUAA